CUUGAAAUUUACUCAUCCAUACUCUUAAUAAAAUUCACACCUUUCUUACUCUACACUGAUAAAACUCCAUCCUUUUAAAGAUUUUUUUUUUCUUCGUUUUAUUUUGUUGUUAAUUUCUUAAAGCAAAAUAAGCUAUGGCUGCUGCGUUGAGAUCAAAAUCAGCGAGGGGUACCGCUUCUGUAGCAGUUUCGCAGUUUAGAUACUUCAUACUCAACCAUAUGCACGCGGGGCGUUUAGGUAAUAUCCACUGGAACUCGAGGUCGAGGGCCAGGUUGCAGAGCUUCUUCGCGAACUCGCCCCACAAUGUCAAUUUGUUCAAACUCGCAUUGGUUCCCGGGGAAUUUGGUGACUGGCGGUGCGAAAAAUCGAGGAAUUCACAGUAUUGUAAUCCGAGUAAUAAGAGGAAAAUUGACAUUUCUAGCUCAUAUGGAGAGCCGCCGGAAGUAUGGCAGCCUCCCGGAGACGGAGUUGCGGUCCGGCCGGGUGUGAAGCUCGGUGAGGUGGACGAAGGGGAUGGUCCGAACUCGGGUUCGGGUCCCGAUGACGAUGGGUGUUGGGGAGGGUCCAAUUUGGGUCCAAAUUUUCCGACCCCGAAGGAGAUAUGCAGAGGGCUUGAUAAGUUUGUAAUUGGGCAGGAGAAAGCUAAGAAGGUCCUCUCUGUAGCUGUAUAUAAUCACUAUAUGAGAAUCUACAAUGACUAUGCCGAAAAGUGGACUCCAGGAAAUUCAGGCAGUGAUAAAGUGGAGGAAACUGAACAUGAAGGUGUGGAGUUGGAGAAGAGUAAUAUUCUUUUAUUGGGGCCAACAGGUUCAGGGAAGACUUUACUUGCCAAGACCUUGGCACGAUUGGUGAAUGUUCCAUUUGUAGUAGCAGAUGCCACUACACUUACUCAGGCAGGAUAUGUCGGGGAAGAUGUGGAAUCCAUUUUACAUAAACUGCUCAUGGUUGCUGACUAUAAUGUGCAAGCUGCUCAGCAAGGCAUAGUUUAUAUAGAUGAAGUUGACAAGAUCACGAAGAAGGCCAAGAGCCUUAACAUCAGUAGGGAUGUUUCAGGGGAGGGUGUCCAGCAGGCAUUAUUGAAAAUGCUUGAAGGAACAAUUGUUAAUGUCCCUGAGAAGGGAGCCCGGAAGCACCCUCGAGGUGACAACAUUCAGAUUGACACAAAAGAUAUUCUCUUCAUAUGUGGUGGUGCCUUUAUUGACUUGGAGAAAACAAUCUCAGAAAGAUGUCAAGAUUCAUCUAUUGGCUUUGGGUCACCAGUUCGAGCUAACAUGAGAACUGGUGGGGUUACCAGUGCUACUGUUACGUCUUCUUUAUUGGAGACAGUUGAAAGUAGUGACUUAAUUUCUUACGGCUUGAUACCAGAGUUUGUUGGACGAUUUCCGGUUCUUGUUAGUUUAUCUGCUCUUACUGAGAAUGAACUUGUACAGGUUCUAACAGAGCCAAAAAAUGCGUUGGGGAAGCAGUACAAAAAGAUGUUCCGAAUGAAUAAUGUAAAACUACAUUUCACUGAAGAUGCUUUGAGAUCCAUAGCUAGAAAAGCAAUAACUAAGAAUACAGGUGCCCGAGGAUUGCGAUCCAUAUUGGAGAACAUUUUAAUGGAUGCCAUGUAUGAGAUUCCUGAUGUCAGAACCGGGAAUGAUGUAAUAGACGCCGUCAUUGUUGAUUCCAAGUCUGUUGGAGCAGAUGGCCAAGGAUCCGGCGCUAAAAUCCUUUACGGGAAGGGUGCAUUUGACCGCUAUCUUUCACGCUGUAAACUAAAAGAUUCCGAGACAACCUCAGAAGGGUGGGUGGCCGACGGCUUGCCGGAACCGGAGCCGGAGCAGCUUCCUUCUGUCGCUGCUGUGUAAGCACACAUGUUAUAGUUUCAACUCUGUACAGCAUAUAUAUAAUAUAAAUUCAAUCAUAAAUUGUUUAAUCCUCACAACUUGGUAUAAUGCUGCAUUAAUUUAUUUAUUAUUUUUGGCUGACGAGGGAAAUCGCGGCCAGCCGGCUACUA